UAGCCACUCCAGAUCUUGUAAGUUCUUCCUGUGUUCACUUCAUGCUGGUCUCCCUCCAUUCUGCUACAAUCUUACAACAAUCUAAUAAGAUGUCUGGUGAAGUUCUCUACUCCAGUGUCAAGUUCACUCGGAAACCAGGCGACCAAGCAGCUGCUAAACUGUGUGCAGGAAGGGAAGACGAUGUCACCUAUGUUACAGUGAAGUCUGCAGAAGCUCCAAGCUCCCAGCAGCAGCAGCAGACAGACCCCAGCCGCACAGCUGACCCCACCCCGCCUGUGAGUGCUGCUGGCAAAGCCUCUUCAUACAGACAGCCUGCACUGGUCCUCCUCAUCCUGUGCUGUCUCUUACUGGCUGCCAUCACCUCCCUCGCUGUCUAUCAUUUCAGAACUAAAGAAGACCCUGAGAAAUACACCAGCCUGUCCUCAAAUUAUUCAUCAUUACUGAAUCAGCUCCAGGACUUGAGCAGUGACUACAGCAACCUCAACAGGAAUCAUUCUGAGCUGCAGAGUAACUGUAGCAGGCUCAAUGAAACUCAUUCUGAGCUGCAGAGUAACUAUAGCAGGCUCAGUGAAACUCAUUCUGAGCUGCAGAGUAACUAUAGCAGACUCCAAAAAAAAAAUUCAGCAUUGAAAAAGAACAAUACUGAGCUUUCUGUGAAAUCAUCAAUCCUGGAUAAAUACUGUCCUCUCAAAGAAGGCUCUUCAAAGGAGCGGGUUUGUAAAACCUGUCCAGAGAACUGGGUGGAGUCCAAUGGAAAGUGCUACUACUUCUCACCUGAUACAAUGAACUGGAACUCCAGCCGGGCUAGCUGUGUGUCAAUGGGAGCAGACCUGGUGAUUAUAGAGAGCAAGGCGGAGCAGAAAUUCUUAUUAGAGAAGGCUAAAAGCAAACCCCUAUUGGGGAAUGCUGAAAAGAAUUCUUACUGGAUCGGCCUGACGGAUGCUGCUACUGAAGGAACCUGGCUCUGGGUGGACGGCACUCCUCUCAAUGACAAGGCAAAAUAUUGGCACGGUAAUGAGCCUGAUGACUGGAAGAGAGGUGGGGACUUGUCCGGGGAGGAUUGUGCACGUCUUGCAUACUUGACAAGCCCGGCAAAUUCUCUCAAAGCCUGGUUUGAUGCAUCGUGCACACAGCAGCAACAUAGAAGGAUUUGUGAAACCACGGCAUUGAUAAAUAUAUAAAACCAGUGUGGCUCUGUUUCACUUUUUCUCUCUAUUUAGAAAGCAAAUAAGCUACAAAAUGAAUCCCACAAGUUACUUACAUUUCACUUUAUUAAACUAUGGUAUCUAAGUGUUUUUAUGAAAUAUAUAAAAAAUACACAUUAGAAAAAUCAAACCGGAGCUUUUAUAAAGAGUUUGUGAUUCAAAUGCCAUUGUGAUUAUUGUUUUUGUAUUUCCCCUGACGUUUGCAAUCAUUUAUAAAAACAGAUCUAGAGAACAAUGAUAAUAACUCAGUAUUGGAGCAACAGAACAAUUACAAACAUCCCUUAGAAACGCUUCCCAUAGUAAAAGCACAGCAAAGUGUAAUGAAGCACAGUGAAAGCAUGGGAAAGCAUAGGCAAGCAUUGUAAAGCACAGAGAGAUAUGAUAAAGCAUAUUAAACAUGGCAAGCAAGGGUAAGCUCUGGUAAAUGCUUGUAUAACCAUGGGAAAAGUGCAAUAAUACCAUGGUAAACUUAUAAGGGAUCAUAUAAUAGUAAUGGAAGUGAAACACACACCGUAUGACUCACCCUGCACAGCACGCGGUCCAGCCUUUACCAGGUGAGCCACUCAGGGAUCCUUAAAGUGAAUAUUGAUAGGUAUGAAAGUUUACUAAUGCUUUGCUUGCCUUUGUUUUGAACACGUUUCAAUUUUUUGGGAUAUAUUGUUAAGUUUCUUUUUGUACGUUUGAAUAUUAAAAUAAUGAUAUAACUCCCGAGCAUUCAACCAUACCAGCAUUCUUACUGCAAGCUUUGGUUGUCAUUUUUAAAAAUUGUUGCGUUUAUCUCCGACAUAACUUCCUUUUGUACCAAAAAUCGUUCCCUGAAGAAACUGCGUUUAUCUCAGAGAAGAGCGUGUUCUGUGCAGAGUAGAGUCAUGUGACCAGCCCUGCAAGAACACAACCAGUUUGACAAG